AUGAUUAGGCACUGUUCUUUCCAUAACCUUGCUGUCUCUGUUUAUGAAGGUGCUGAUGAAUUGAGGCUGUCAAAUGGAACGAGCCCCUGCUCUGGCAGAGUGGAAGUAAAACAUGAGGAGCAGUGGGGAACUGUGUGCGAUGGUGACUGGACCACAGAAGAUGCUGAGGUUGUUUGUAAGCAACUGCAAUGUGGAUCUGCUGUUCAGGCCCUUAGUCGAGCUCCAUUUGGAGAAGGAUCUGGACCAACGUGGUUAUAUCGAGUUCAGUGUCGUGGUGAUGAAUCUGCUCUCUGGAACUGCUCACAUGCAGGAUGGGGGGUUUUUACUUGCCCUCAUUACUUUGACAUUGGAGUGAUCUGCUCAGGUUUCUCUGGGCUGCGUCUGACUGGAGGGGACACAGCCUGCUCAGGACAUCUGGAAGUUAAGCAAGAAGAAACUUGGGCUACGGUCUGCUUUUCACACAUUGAUUUCAAAACUGCCUCUGUUAUAUGUAAUGAGUUAGAGUGUGGCCAGGCUGUGGAUAUCUUGAGAGGAACUCACUUCGGAGACAGACGUGAACUGAUCUGCUAUGGUGGGUACAGGCUGGCAAAUGGCAGUACCACAUGUUCAGGGAGAGUAGAGCUUCUUCAUGGAGGCACCUGGGGAACCUUGUGUGACUACCUGUGGGAUUUACCAGAUGCUGAUGCCCUCUGCCAGCAGCUGGACUGUGGAGUUGCCCUCCUGAUACCAGGUGGACGUUCCUUCGGGAAAGGAAAUGGAUCUGUCUGGAACGGAACAUUCAGCUGCCAGAAGACUGGCUCACACCUGAGAGACUGUCCUGUGAGUGUGCUACGUGAUGCUGAAUGCCCUGCCGGAAAAGACGCUCGUGUGGUAUGUUCAGGGUGCCCAGGGUGCAGGUUGGUGAAUGGCACCACAUGCUCUGGCAGAGUGGAGAUCCACCAUGGAGACACGUGGGGAAGACUCUGCCGCUCCCACUGGAAUUUGCAAGCUGCAAGUGUUCUCUGUCAUCAGCUGAACUGUGGCUACGCAAAGACAAUCCAGACAGGAGACCGUUUUGUGGAUGGGAAUGGACCUGUAUGGAGAGAUGCUUUUCACUGUCUUGCUGAAUCACUCAGACUCUCAGGUGGUGAGAGCCGCUGUGAUGGGCGAGUUGAGAUCUCACUCCAUGGCACGUGGAGCAGAGUUCUGGAUGAUGACUGGGACAUUAAGGAUGCUCAUGUGGUAUGCAGACAGCUCCGGUGUGGAACUGCCAAGAAAGCCUAUUACCUUCCAAGGUCUGAGCGAGGCAUGGGUCUUGUUGGCUUAAGAAGUGUCCAGUGCACUGGAAAUGAGACUCAGCUGAUGCUCUGUAAGACCUCCCACUCUCAGACAGUACCAACAGGAGUUGCUGAAGACGUUGGUGUGGUUUGCUCAGGUAGCAGACAGAUCAGGCUGGUGAAUGGAACAACGCACUGUGCUGGGAGAGUAGAGCUUUAUCAUGAUGGUAUCUGGGGCACCGUCUGUGAUGAUAACUGGGAUCUAUCAGAUGCUAACAUUGUUUGCAAACAGCUGGGAUGUGGACAUGCCAUCAAGGCAUUUGUCUCUGCUCAUUAUGGCGAAGGCUCAGGACAGAUCUGGCUGGAUGAUGUGAACUGCACUGGGGCUGAAUCUGAUCUCUGGGCAUGUCCGUCUAGGGCAUGGGGCCAGCACAACUGCCAACACAAAGAGGAUGCUGGAGUCCUGUGCUCAGAGUUCCUGGCUCUGAGGCUGGCAAACGGCAGUGACUGUGCUGGGCGGCUAGAAGUUUUCUACAACGGGACAUGGGGGAGCAUUUGCUCCAAUUAUAUGUCUCAACUCACUGCAAUAACUGUAUGCAAACACCUGAACUGCGGAGAUAGUGGGGAAAUCGCAAGAGACUUCAAAUAUGGCAAAGGUUCUGGGCCCACAUGGCUGGACCACAUUGAGUGUACUGAGCGCCACAGCUCUCUCUGGCAAUGUCAGUCAGACCCCUGGAAUCCUCAGUCAUGUGAUAACCGAGCAGAAGAGACCCAUAUUUCUUGCACUGACAGGGAGAAGUUACGAGUCAUAGGAGGAGAGGAUGGAUGUUCAGGCAGAGUGGAGAUUUGGCACCAAGGUUCUUGGGGAACAGUCUGUGAUGAUUCCUGGGACGUGGCAGAUGCUAACGUCGUAUGCAGACAGCUGGGCUGUGGAUCUGCUGUGUCUGCUUUGAGUGAAGCUGCCUUUGGGGAAGGGACUGGUCCCAUCUGGUUGGAGAAGGUGCACUGUAAAGGAACGGAGCUGUCUCUUUGGGACUGUCCUGCCAAGAUCUUGUUCAGCAAAAUAUGUGAUCAUAAGGAAGAUGCCGCUGUGGAUUGCUCCGGUAUGACAGAAACAACAGCAUCACCCACCAGAGCAGAUCGUCCCCGCCGCCCUGCAACAGAGACUACGAGAAUUUCAAUGCCCAUCAUCUUCUGCAUUAUCCUGGGGACCCUUCUCUGCCUGGUCCUCGCCAUUCUCGCUGGACAGAUCCAAAGCGCCAGGGCACAGCAGAGAGGCUCCAGACUAUCCUAUGACCCCUUCUCUGAGGCUGUCUAUGAAGAGAUCGACUAUAACCUGCUGAGGGAGAAGCAGGGCAUGGCUGGCCUCUCAGAUUCUUAUUCAGAGAGCUCAAAAACAAAAGCACACUUUUAUAGCGGGGACAGUGACGAAGAAAACAGUCCUGGAGCAACUCAAGAAGUCUCCCCACUGCCUGGAAAAGCCCUGGAAGAUGGUUACGAUGAUGUGACAGAAGCUCCUGGACCUAAAGAUGCUUCUCUUUCUGGGCAGAAUGAACAGGAAAUCACUGGGAUCCCUGAAGAAAAUGACGGAAACAAGGAUUCACGGACAGACUGGAGUCCUAAUGUGUCAGGAAACAGGACCUCCAAGGCUGAGAGAGAUUCAUCUCCUGCUCUUGAAGAUAAAGACUACGAUGACAUUGAGGAGCUGGGACACUGA